AUGAGGCUUCUUCCCGCGGCGGUGGCGCCAGCGCCAUUCCUGCUCCUCGUCCUCUUCCUCCUUUCGUGCCCUCGCAGCGCCUACUCCGGCGAGCAGAAGCGCUUCGCCUCCAUAAUCAGCUUCGGCGACUCGUACGCCGACACCGGCAACCUGGUCAGGUGGGACAACCCCGUCAUUGAGAGCGUCAACCUGAUCAGGAACUCACCCUACGGCGAGACGUUCUUCGGCCACCCGUCCGGUCGCGCCACUAACGGCCGCAUCGUCCUAGACUUCAUUGCCGAUGCUUUGGAUCUACCUUUCGUGCCGCCGGUGCUGUCCAGAGUGGAGAACUUCUCGACGGGCGUAAACUUCGCGGUGGCCGGAGCGACGGCUCUGAACCUGACGUACCUGCAGGGGCAGAACAUCACCGUCGACCUCCCGAUCAACAGCUCCCUGAACGACCAGCUCCGGUGGUUCGAGCAACUGAAGCCAUCGCUUUGCCGCAGCAGCAGCAGCACACAUGGAGGAUCGUCCAGCGGCUGCUUCGGCGAGUCUCUCUUCACCUUGGGGCAGUUUGGAGCAAACGACUACCGCAACAUCCUGAUGAACUCGAACAUGACCUUGGAGCAAGCGAGAUCGUAUGUUCCGAAAAUUGUCAACACCAUUGCAACAGGUGUCGAGAGGCUGAUCCAUCACGGCGCCAAGUACAUCGUCGUGGCGGAUAAAAUCCCCUUCGGCUGUAUGCCCGCCACACUGGCGAUGGCCUCGAGCACCAACAACAACGGAGGCUACGACCAGUACGGCUGCCUCAAGAGCUUCAAUACCGGCCGGGCUGUCGCAGUACCACAACGCCCUUCUCCGGCGACGCGUCGACUUGCUCCGGAGAAGCUCUUCUUCUUCUUCUUCUUCUUCUUCUUCUUCUUCUUCUUCUUCUUCUUCUUCUUCUUCUCCGCUGGGGGACAGACAGUGAUGAAGUUGAAAGCAGGGUUCAACCGCAGCACAACCCUGGUGAGCUGUUGCGGAGGCGGCGGCCCGUACAACCAAAACUGGAAAGCACCGUGCGGUACGCCAGGAGCCACCGCGUGCGCAGCGCCAUCCGAGGCCAUCAUCUGGGACGGCUUCCACCUAACCGAGUCCGCGUACAGCAGCAUCGCCCAUGGAUGGCUGCACGGGCCCUACGCCGAUCCGCCGAUUCUACAACUCCUCAACUGA